UCAAACCCAGCGUUCUGUCGCGACGCAACACCAAAGUCGACAAGCAUCACGCCAGGGUCGUCAUCACGUCUAUUUAUAAGCCAGUCUCCUGCAACUCACUUUGAUAUGGCUCCGGCGGUCUCUAAACGGGUUGCCAGUAGCGAUGGCUUCGCCCGUGGCGCUGCGCAUAAACGUCGAAGCGGUGUUCGCACAGACCGUGACGGCGACCUGAUGAUGGAUGCUACACCUCGGAACCAGAACAACAAGAUUGGGAAGGGUAGGGGAAAGCCCACGACCAAUACCUCGACCACAACCACGAAUGGGACCGCGAAACCGCGAAACAAUAUCCACGCAAAAUCAACACAGAACGCGAUAAUAAGACAUCUUACUUCAGGCAAUGCAAACAUCAAGCAAGCGCAGCCCUCCAACAUAAAAUCGGUCAAAGUCUCUGGUUGGAAGAACAGCAAAGCCUCGACCAACGAAGAUGGCGGUGUUCAUUCACUUCUUACUUUCCUGGAGAAGAAAGUCACCACAAACCUCACCAAGAAGAGCAUAUCAAAUGGCAACCGAAAACCUGUUCAAGUUUCGCUCAAAAAGUAUCACAUCGACGGGGAUGCCGUCAUCAUUAGCACGACUCCCGACGUGGGCGCCUCUCUAUGUGUCAUGAAUAAAUGGGUGUGGGCCGGCGUCAACCUCCAGAUUGAACCAGCCCAACAGUCGAAUGCGUUUUCGGACAAGAAUGGUGGUGAUCAAGAGAUGCAAGCCGAUGCAAGGCCUAUUCUCACCGAUUUGAUCUCACGACGAUACAACGCCGAUCUCAAACUACUUGAUCUAAGCGGUCUCGCCAGCGAUCCUCAGUUGAAAGCCAACGGUGUGCUCACGAGCAUUGCGCAACCGGCAAACUUCUUUCCUGCUCUCAUGAAAGUCUGCGACGAACAGUUCAAAACUGCUCAGGAGAAGCGAGAUACAGUCUUCAGCGUCACUCUCGCCAAUAACGACCUUAGAAGCGUAUCUCCAGUCACUACACUGGCGCAGACUUUCCCAGACUUGAAAAAUCUAGACCUUUCAAACAACAAGAUACCCACUCUCUCGUCCAUGAUAAAUUGGAAACAUAAAUUUCGAGCCCUUGAUCAACUGCUUCUCAACGGCAAUCCGCUUGAGCAACAGGAUCCCGCCUUCUACAUUCAAAUUAGGAAUUGGUACCCUGCACUGCGAACACUCAACAACCAACAAAUACGGACAGACCAGGAAGCGCUUCAAUCAUCACAUGGAGUCAAGAAGGCCCUUCCCGUACGCGGCCCUAUGUUUCACGACGAAGGCGAUAUUGCCAAGAAUUUUAUCAUCAGCUUCUUCGCGGGUUACGACACAGACCGUGCGGCAUUGGUCAACAUGUACUACGACACAGAGUCGAUUUUCUCUUUCUCCCUCAACAACCGCGGCAUCUCAGAUCCACUCAGUCGACAGAAGAUGGAGAAACAGGAAUGGGAUGCUUAUAUUCGCAAGUCUCGCAACUUGAAAGCUCUCAGUCAUCUUCCCGCACGAGUGAAUCGUCAAUACACAGGGCCGGCUAAGAUCUUGGAAAUCAUCUCAUCUCUUCCCAAAACUCGACAUCCUGACCUGGGAAAUUCAGGACAGAAAUGGUGCAUCGAAUGUCAGUCUUUACCGAGCGUUCCAGACGCAACCAGGCAGCACCCCGGUGGCGUCGGGGGACUUAUCAUUGAUAUUCACGGCGAAUUUGAAGAGCUAGACGAGCGGGCUGGCAAUGCCGAGAAAUCACGCAGCUUCGAUCGCAAUUUUGUCCUCGGCCCCGGCGUAAACGGCGGUGUAAGAAUUGUCAGCGACACCUUGACCAUUCGCGCCUACGGGGGAUUCGCUGCGUGGAAACCAGAUGAGCUCGAAUCCAAUGGACAGCAGGAGCCAUUGAUUACGGAAGUCUGCAGACGAACUGGUAUGAUUGUAUCAUUCUCGAAACAGUGUUUGGAGGAGAGUGGAUGGAAUCUCGAGGAAGCAAUUCAGAGAUUUGAAGGCGCGAAAGCAGCAGGACUGAUUCCGGCGGAAGCAUUUGUUCAGGCGUAAGGAUAUACCCAGGGAAGCAAAAAGCUUUGUACUUUCGGAUAAUUUCAUUGUAUGGAGUUCGGGUGGCAUGGAUACAGCAUUUGGUGUAGCGAAUCAUUGUUUCAGACGCAUAGUACGGCACGACUUUUGAGUAGUAUAGAGUAUAUAGGGGACUGCAGAAAUUUGGCUGCGGGGUGAACGGGUGGGCGGGACCCUUCACAUCUUGUAUAAUAUCUACAGCAUCCUGUCUCGGCGAAGCCGAAAGCUGGAUGUCACAAACUACAUAUUACGAAAU